AUGCCUUCACCACGGCGGCGCGCGUCAUUGCCGCGCGCGGUGAUGGCUGUGAGUUGGGCCACCUUGACGCUGUCCACGUCGGCGGAGGACUCGACGGGGUGCACCAUUACGGCCAAAAUAUGCUCGAAUUUUCCCGACUUCCAGCGGACGCAGUUUCGGGAUGACAUCGGUGAGACCCACGUGAACGCGGGCGGCAACGAUGCGGCCUGUUUGAAGCGGGCUGAGGACUUUCACCACUGGUGUGGCAAUGGUGCGUCUGAUGCACAAGUGGCUGCCAGCUAUGAGCGGGAACAGCUGAGCCAGGUCUAUCAUCCAGGUGCUUGUCCAGGUGGAUGGUCCCAGUGGGACGCAUUUUGCUACAAGCACUUCUGGGAGAAGAAGACCUGGUUCGAGGCGGAGGCCUUCUGUCGCCAAUAUGGCGAAGGCUCACACUUAGCAUCGAUCCAUUCGAGGGCUGAAAAUCGAUUCAUUUUCGCCUUGACUGGUGGCCUAAGUGCCUGGAUCGGCUACACCGACCUAGAUCAGGACACUCACUACAAGUGGAGUGACAACACGCAGGAUGACUUCUCGAACUUUGCCAAGAACUGCACCGGCCGUGAACACGAGCCGGACUGUAAGCCCGAAGAGCGGCAACAGCAGUGGUAUGACUGGGAAGGCCAUGAUCGUGGCACCUUUGUGUGCAAGCGGAAUGCAUUGUUGCCGGUUGCCUUGCUGCGCAAUGUGUCCGCCAGGAUCUUGAUUACAAGACCUUGGCACGAGCUGUUGCCCACCUUGGCAUCGAGCCUGGAAUCGAACACCACCAAAAGCCAAGUGUCGCUCAAGGUGGAUGCCAUCGCCAAGCCUGAGGCAUCGGCCGCGGAGGGCAAGCCGAUGCUAGAGCCGCGGUUGGGUUUCUUCAAGGUGCGACCUCAUCGGACAGCUGCCGUGGGUCUUUGUGCCCUGGCGGCGGCCCUCGCAGCCCGCCGAGGUGAUCAUGCAGGUGAGAAAGCCGACGCGCUGGGCAAAGUGACUGAGCUCAAGAAGCGAUUUGCUUUACGCGUUGAAUGUGCCCACAAGACAUGCAGCAAGGUGAAGAUGCUGCAAGUUGAUGUACACUUUGAGAUAGGUUGGCAGAAAAACAAGGAUAGAAACUUGGAUUUCAUGGAGAAGGUGGUCCGCCAGCAGUUGCAUGGGCGGAUGCAGAUGCAGUUUUCGUCGGAACAUUUCUUUGAUGCUAUGCCGUUGAUGAGUGGGAUGUCAACUUCACGAAGAGCAAUGGGAAACGGAGAGGGUCAUGACUACGAUGACAUCUUCUACGUGCGAAAGUACUUGGAGCCAGCCAAAUUCAAGAAGCUGGCUUUGGGCAACUGGGAGAUGCCAGAGAAUGCCACUCGUGUCGUGACUUUGCCCGAGCUGGUGGAUGCAGGCGUUCAAUACGGCCAUAAGUCCAACAUGUGGAACCCCAAGAUGCUGAAGUACCUCUAUGCUGACAACGGAGGCACCCACAUCUUUGACCUGGUUCAGACAGCGGCCAACCUCAAUCGUGCUUGCUACUACUGCAUGGAGGCAGCGGCCAAGGGUGCGAACUUCAUCUUCAUUGGCACCAAGGAGCAGGCUCGAGAGCAAGUUAAGAAGUAUGCCGAAGAGGCUGGUGUUCCCUACUGCGAUCUCCGGUUCGUGGGUGGUGUGAUCAGUAACUUCGCGGUGAUUCGCAAAUCCGUUGACAUGAUGCUGAAGCUCAAGGAAGAGAAGCAGCAAAACGCAUGGAGUGUCUUGAGCGAGUUCAAGCGCUUCUUGAACGAGUGCAAGCUGAAUCGAAUGGAGAAGAAGUACGCGGGAAUUGUGAACUUGACCUCCUACCCUGACAUCUGUAUCUUUGUGGACGAGGCAAAAGAGCGUUUGCCUCUGGCUGAGAUGACCCGCAUUGGCGUGCCAACAGUAGGCAUGGUGGAUUCCAACAAUGACCCGACCUACGUGGAUAUUCCGAUUCCUUCCAACACUUCCAGCACCAGGUCCAUUGAGCUGGUGCUCCGCAAGUUGUCUGAAGCCAUCAAGAAGGGCAAGGCCUUGGCGCAGAUGAAUCCGCAGGGGCCUCCACCGGAGGACAAAGAGUGGGAUCCCUGGAUCCUCAGCAGGGACCGCAUUCGUUUCAUGCGGCGACGCUCCAAGCGUCAGGGUUGGAUGAAGGGCAUCUACGGAAGCUAUGAGAAUUGGAAGAAGUGCCACCCCUGGGGCGCCGUCCCCACCGUGGCGCCGUUUCACGACUUCAAGUGGAACGACAUCUUGGACCCAGCGCACAAUUGA